AUGAAAGUAUCUAUAAUAAUUCUAUGUGUGUGGAUCCGACUGCGGCUCGGAAGGGAUAAAGAAGAGCCGGGGGAUUGUCAUGAAUGCAUCACCUGGGUACAGCAGGGACAAACGAAAACUAAGACCCUGCAACCGGAAGGUUGCUCAUUUCAAAAGGAAUGUGAAGAAAAUAAACAAAGGUUCCAGAUGUGCAGAAGAGGCAAACAAGUGAUCUGCUAUGAUCCUAAGAAGGUUACUAAGGUAACUGUAAUACAGGUAAGCUUGUCCCACAUUACGGGAGGCAAGGUCAAAAACAUUGCCUCCCAGAUUAUCCAGAAUUAUGGGACUCAAGCCCAGUUAAAAUUUGAUGUAUGCCAGGUCAUUAAUAAUAAUUCCUGGCCUAAGGGGAACUGUGGUGGCCUAGGGUGGGAACGACAUUAUAUGUUAGAGGAAAAAUAUUUGUGUGCCUUCCCGUUUCCUGAAGGACACAAUGGGCGAGCCGCUAAUGAGCCAGAGUGUGAUGCCCAAGACUGGAACUAUUGCCCCUACUGGAAAUGUGUAACAGCUGCUACUUGGACUCAACAACCAAUGAGAGGGCUUCGAUUAAAGUUACAAAAAGGGGUAGCUCAGAGUGACUGUAAAAUCGGAGAGUGUAACCCUGUUAUAAUGACAUUAACUCCUGUCAAACCUUUAACAUACACCUAUGGAAUUCUAAUAUAUGGAAAAGGAUCAGAUCCAGGGGCAAUUAUAAGAUUAGAAGUUAAGUCAAUAAUACAAGAGAUUGGGGAAGAGCGAAGCAUAACCUGGUCAGUAUAUGAAACCCUAAAACAAGUAGGUAAGAAAGAAAUAGUGUCUACGAAGGCCCAAAACUUGUUCGUAGAGAUGGCUGAAGGGAUUGCUAAAACCUUGGCAGUCCGUAAUUGUUUUGUAUGUGGGGGAACAAAUAUGGGAGAAAAGUGGCCAUGGGAGGCAAAGGAAGCUGGUCCUGUCCUGUUCAACAACCUCAUGAAAAUGGGGAAUAUCACCCAGCGGGAAAUGGCUUCUGACAUCAUUUGGACGUUAACUACCAAUUUGGUGGCCAAUGUUUGUUUCAGACAAAACGGCACCGAGCCAGUAGGGGAUUUAAUGUGUAAAGGGGUGUGGGAUGGCUGUAAUUGGACAAGCCCUAAUAAUGAGCAGCCCAAGCCUGAGCCUUACAACAUGCCUCUCAGGAAAGCAGGGGCAGAGUGGGUGGCCCCUGAAAACAUGUAUUGGAUCUGUGGAAACCAGGCAUACGAAAAACUUCCAGGAAACUGGAGUGGGACGUGCAUGUUCGGGUGGAUUAGACCGUCUUUCUUCCUCUUGCCCAUGAAGAGGAAACAGGUGUUGGGAAUACCCGUCUACGACGAGGUGGGGAAAGUUAAAAGGAGCCUUGCAGGGACAAAGGUAGGAACUUGGAAGGACGACGAAUGGCCCCCAGAGCGAAUAAUAGCUUAUUACGAUCCCGCAACUUGGGCUGAGGAUGGGUCAUGGGGGUAUAGGACUCCAAUUUAUAUGAUCAACAGGAUGAUCAGACUGCAAGCAGUAUUGGAGAUAGCAGGGCGACGCAUAGACGCAGCCCUGAAUGUGAUUGCAGGGCAACAAGAUAAGCUCAGAACAGCUGUAUAUCAGAAUCGACUCGCCCUAGACUACAUCUUAGCAAAGGAAGGAGGUGUAUGUGGAAAAUUUAAUCUAACCAAUUGUUGUCUUGAAAUAGAUGAAACUGGAAAAGUGGUAGCUGACCUGACAGCUGACCUCAGAAAACUGGUACAUGUACCUGUACAAACUUGGAAAGGGGCCCUAGAUGUAGGACAAGAGGGAUUUUUGGGGGGUUAUUCAGUAGUUGGAAACAAGCAUUGA